GGAAAAUUAUAUAUAGCAUCUGCUGUCAUUAGAAUAAAUCCCCAAUCAUGAAGAACUCCAAUUCCGAAGGCAAGGAGAUUCAGAAGAAGAAUGAAGUCUUCCCUGGAGGAAUCAUUCCUUUGCUGAAGUCCAUUCGCAGUAACCCAUUUUCCGCCAGUCCUAAGCUCAACUGUUUCAUGGUAACCGUGAUCCGGACUAAGGUGUGGACCAAUCGCUACUUCUUCAACCUGACCCGUCAUCCCAAACAAUUGCCAAAUGUCCUGGCCACCAUCUUGGUGGCCGUCCGCUGUAGUAGCUGGCAUAACUUCUUCGUGUUGAUGCCAUCCAGGGAAUUUAUGCAGUGGCGAUAUCGCUUCCCCAUGGCAAAGAUUAAAGCAAUAAAAGAUGACAACUUGGAGUGUUCAACGGAUCCUGCGGCGUCCCGUAAGAAGUCGAUAGGAAGUGGUUCAAUUUCAAAAAAGAAAAUGGGUCGGAAGCAAAACAAAAGGAACAAGUCAACGAUUCCUCGUCGUGGUGCAGCUCGCUUGGCCCUUGAAAAAAACGAAAAACCUUAAAAACCCCACCAAGUUAGAACUUUCGAGUCUUGAGAGUCCUAAGAUAAUCGAGGAUGAUGUUGCAAGUAGUGAAAGAGAUGAAGGAGAAGAAGAAGAUGAAGAAUUUAUAGACAAACAUAAAACAAAAUCAGAAUAAACUUUUAACCCAAAAUACCAAACAUCAA